AGCUACAGCAGCUACAGUGGCGGGACCAACAGCGGUUGGUGCGACAACAUGGCGGAUCGCGAUGAAGCAGAUGCACACGGGUGUUGGCAGGCUUAUUCAGGGCGGUGCUCAGUUGUGCCUACGGGCAACUGUGCGGCGCGGGCACUGGCAUGCGCGCUUGUCCCAUGACAUGAAGAAUUACAAGCAGACGGUUGACUUUGGGCGCAAGCUGGACGCGAUGCGCGCCGAGGACCUGCAGCGGCUCUUCAAGGCCAUGCCCACAGCUGCAAAAACCAAAGUUGUGGCGGCGCUAUCGGGCUCGUUGGGGGCGGAAGAGAGAAUGCAGGCAGAACGAGCGUUCGCCAGCAUGGAUUUGAACAAAGACGGCGUCAUCUGCCAAAAAGAGUUUGCUGCUUGGCACUCAUCUGUGAACGCUGCUGCAAGUGUAGAAGCACCAACCGCUCGACAGUUGAUGGUCUUGGGGAUGCGGCAUGCUGUUCCCAUGAUUGGAUUUGGAUUCGCAGACAACUUCAUCAUGAUCAUGGCUGGAGAGAGCAUUGAUAGCGUGAUUGGCACGUCGUUCAGACUAUCCACCAUGGCAGCAGCAGGCCUCGGUAACCUGUGCUCGGAUGUGGUUGGCCUUGGGCUCAGCAACACCAUCGAGGCCAUGGCAAGCAAGAUCGGAAUCCCAGAGUCAGGUCUUUCACCAGAGCAGCUCGUCUUGCCACAGUGUCGCCGUGUCAUGGCAUUAGCAAGCAUCCUCGGCAUUACAAUCGGGUGUCUGAUUGGCAUGGCGCCUCUGGCAAUGUUUGAGCCAAAUCGCAAGGAGCUUGGAAAGGUGUUUCAACUCAUGGAUUUGAACAAGGAUGACAAGGUCACCUGCAGUGAAAUUACCAAGUCCCAUCAACGCCUACCUUUUCAAGUCACUCAGGCUGCAUUGGAGGAGUUCCUGCACUCGAAAGGAUAUGCGGACGAUGACGCCGUCGACUUUGACGACUUCUGCGCACUCAUGAAUGACCUUGAACGGCAACUGCCGUGACUGUGAUGCCUACAAGCUGACCAAGACCAGUCUAUUACAGACCAACAAACCAAACCUCCCUCUGCCAAUCACAUCACCACCUGUUCAUUCCACAUGCACGUUCACCUUUGAUUGCGUGCGAGCUAGUCGACCACAAAGGCCCAUGGGGCCGUUACCCCUGCAGGUCCAACAACAUCUGACUUGUGAUGCACCUGCCAUCUUGUUAACCCACUGUUUCGUUGGCCAACGCGUGUUGAUGUACCCAACAGCAGAGAGAGAGAGAGAGAGAGAGAGAGAGAGUGUGUGUGUGU